CAUCCACCCAGCCAUCCACACCAGGCACUCCGCCAGUCAUCCCUCCCUCCAUCGCUUCGGACCCCUUCCCCCCCCGACCACGCCAGACCAGGCAUCGUCCAUCAAUCCCAGAGUCCCAAACUGUGGUACGCUACCUCAAAUGCGCCUGGUCUGGCCUGGCCUCAAACUAUCAACACAUCCUCUGACAGAUAAUCUGAUCUGAUCGGAGCCCCCUUAAAACCGCAACAGACCCCAGGCUUCACCGCUGCCGCAGACGUUGCGACAGCCCUCACCGUCGCUCUUCCACCAACGGAGCAGCUCCAUUGUAUCCGUAUACGUAGCAGCAUUUUCUCCCUCGGAUCUCUCGUCUGGGCCUCUCGCAUUGACCGACCGACCAGCCAGCCAGCCAGCCAGCCAGUCAGCCAAGUCGCCAUCAUCACCAUGGACUUCACAGGCAACUUUCACUUCACGGCCGCCCAGCCAUACCACCAGUUCAUGCCCAUUCCACCGCUGACCCCGUCACACUCGCAUUCUGCACCAUCCGACGAUUUCAAUUCGUCCUCACCUGACAACUUUGAUGGUCCUCACCCCAAUGACCAGCGAUACAACGGCUUCGACUUUUCGCAGCAGGGCUUCUCUCAGCCGCCUCCACAACAGGCCUCGUCCAGCUUCACGGCAAGAGCCGGAGGGCCUCCAACGCCUCCUGGCCAAGCUAUCUUUGCACAACCGCGGCCGUCAGUAUCAGGGGCUCCUCUCACAAGCAAUGGCAUCAACGGAGCGAGCGAGUAUGGGAGCAUUGAGCAGGCGGCCAGCGAGUUUGUCGCGCGGGCCAAGUCCGAGGUGGACGACCUCAGCAACGGGCGUGCAGGCAGCGAGGAGGAGAACAUGACGCCCGCGCAGCAGAAGCGCAAGGCCCAGAACAGAGCUGCUCAGCGAGCGUUUCGCGAGCGAAAAGAGAAGCACGUCAAGGAUCUCGAGGUCAAACUCGCCGAGCUCGAAAACAACCAGCAGCGAUCCUCCGCCGAGAACGAGCGUCUACGACGCGACCUGCACAGGAUGAUGACGGAGAACGAGAUCCUACGUGCGACAACAGGCAGCGCCACCGGGUCACAGGCCCCCUCGCAACCCCCAGACCCCACGACAACGGGCCCCAUGCGGUACAGCCCGACCGACUUUGCCUCGAAUCUACUGUCCGGCCACAACAACCAGACCUUCUCCCAUCGCAUCGUGCAGACCGCCGAUGGGCAGCGGUUACUUGCGGCCGGGGCGUCGUGGGACUACAUCAUCUCGCACGAGCUCUUCCAGAAGGGGGUGAUUGACAUUGGGAACGUGAGUGAAUAUCUCAAGGCGCGCGCCAUGUGUGACGGCCAGGGACCUGUCUUCUCCGAAAGGGACGUUGUCGAUGCCAUCCAGGCAAGCGUGUCUUGGGGGUCCGAUGACCUCUUGUGAUGGGCGAAGCAUCUUCUAUACGUACAGCGGGGGGCGCAUGGUCGAGAUACGCUGGGUCAAGAAAUUGCAAAGGCUCCGGCGUUUAGCAUUGGUAGAAUUAGGGCUUGGAUAUCAGCCCAUGGUGGGCUUAUCUGUCUGUGACUUGGGAGUUCUUUGGGAUGGGUACAUUAUCAUCAGGGGUAUAUUUGUAUGCGCAGCAACUCUGUGAUAUAGGCGAGCCCUUCACAUUUUGAUUCAAGUGUUCGGAGUGUGCGCAAGUAACAGCAUCAAUGCGUA